AUGAACGACAGCAACAAGCCGCUCAGCCUCUCGCCCCGCAACCUCGGCAUGGACGACCUCCGCGACUUUUGCGGCCCGCUCGGUGUCUUCAAGACGGGCCUCACGCCGCGCUUCACGACCGGCCUCACGCCCCGGACGGGCUUUACGCCGCGCACGGGCUUUACGCCCCGCGACUACAUGUCGCGCCAGCAUGGCGGCUUCCCGCUCUCGCCGCGCGCGAGCAUGGGCAUGGGUGGCCACAUGUCGUACUCGCCGAAAGGCCAGGGCAUGCCCAAGGCCGGCGGCCGGUACCCUGGCCCGCCGCACGGCAGUGGUAUGCAAUCCUACUUGCAGAUGGACGGCCACCAACCCUCUAUGAAACCAGAUCCGCAUAUGAACCCGGACAUGAUGCACCCGCUCAUGUACGAGUAUCUGAACCGGAACCAAGGUGGCCACGAUGAUGCACCACCACAAUGGUGGCCCGCCCCGUCGAUGGGCAACGUCUCGGGUGUCUCGAACGGGUCCGGUGGCAUGCACUCGCCGCGCGGCUCGGACGCGAUGGAGAAGCAAGACGAGCUCGACGCGCGCCGCCGCAUGAAGAACCGCGAGCGUGUCCGCAAGUGCCGUAAGCGUAAGCAAGAUCGUCUGAACUUUCUCGAAGAUCGCAACAACGAGCUCGAGAAGGAGAACAGCGACCUCAAGACCAAGAUCAUGCGCCGGGGCGACGGUAGCCCCAUCAACAAGGCGAUGACGGAAGAGGCGCUCAUGGAGCUCCGUGCCAAGCAGACCAACACGCUGCAGCUCAUCCAGGCCAUCAUCAACGAAGGCAUGAUGUCGUUCGAGGCCUCGGCCAAGAGCGUGUGGACUCCGAACGCCACCAUUAUGGACGGCGUCACGGGCGAGAAGCUCACCAACAUUGACUCGAUCGUCGAGAACAAGCGCAUCUCGGCCAGCGUCUUCUCCAACUACAAGAUCAAGAACUUCUCGGUCGAAUGGCAAGGCCACGAGAAGGCCAUGGUCAAGUGGGACAUUGAGGCGUCGCUGCGCCCGAACGCCCCGUCCUCGAUCGUGCUCUCGUCGCCGUUCCAUCAGCUGGCGCCCCACUACAACAACGAGAUGUUCCCGUUCUACAUGGUCUCGCACAUGACCUUUAACGGCGACAAAGUCACGGAAGAAGUGCGCUUUGUCGACGUCGCCAAGCUCCUCGCGGUCGUCGCCCCCAAGAUCCGCGAGCCGGCCAAGCUCAUCGACGUGGUCAACGCCGUCGCGUCGACGUCAUUAUAAGCAUCCCCCACACACGACCACGUAUGAAGAAAGCCCACCACCGCGUAUUGGUACCUUAGGAUUAGAGACUAGUCGAUGUAGAUGUCAACAAAUGGAAUGAUUCCUUAGCUUAUUAUUGUCCAAGCAAG